AUGUACAAUGACCCCCGCCAAGUUCUCCUCCCAGUGGAUAAGGGCGAAUCUAGUAAACGCGCAAUGACGUGGUAUAUGGUAAAUCUUUUUCGUUCAACAGACGUGAUCCAUAUUCUCCACAUUUGCGAGCCAAGUUACGCCGCAAAUAACUUCGCCCUCACAACUCUGGGACAGAGCAAGACAAACGAAAUUAAUGCAAUGCUGCAAGAACAUAUCGAACUUUCGAGCACUCUGAGUCAUGAUUUCCUCUCCAGGCUGGAUGAUAAGGGCGUCACCGGGGAUUUUACACUGACGGUCGGCACAAAACCCGGCGAAGUGAUUGUUAACCAGGCCAGGGAGUUGAAUAUUGAUCUUAUUGUCAUGGGCAGCCGUGGUGUCAGUACUCUCAAGAGGACCGUUUUUGGCAGCGUCAGUGACUACGUGCUGCACCACGCCUGUGUCCCUCUCACAGUUGUUCCCCCUCCGAGGAGUGAGAAGGAUUUCCGACGAGCUUCACUGAAGCCUAUGUAA